UAUGGAACGGACCGACCAGCAUACAGAAUCUUGAGAAGGAAGAACAGGGGUUGAUAAUAAAGAUGCUAGAGAAGUAAAAUAAUCAAUGAAGAUAUCAGGAAGGUUUAUGGAAGAAUUUUGAUAUAUUAUUGUCGAAAUAUCUAAAAAUAUCACAGAUUUUGAUCUUAUUAAUCCUUUUUCUAAUACCAGUCAAAGGAGAAGACAUCCUCAAAUGUAAGUAUAUUCUUACCUUACUAAUAACCAUAAAAAUGUUAAUUUUUUGUAUUUUUAACAUUAACAACGACAAAUUUCAUCACCCACUCUAACUUAACUUCAAUAAACCUUCUUACUAAAAUCCCUCCCAAUUACAGCAAACGACUUAUCAGAACAGAAUGCAUAUCUCUGAGGAACACAGAUAUAUAAACUGGAUAAUGAACAGAGUGAACAUAUAGAUAUUGGAUUUGAUAGAGCAGAUACAGUGCAUGGGUGAUGGGUUAAGGUGAUGGUUAGUGAGGAGGUGUAUGGAGGAGUUGGAGUGGAGAUUUGUAAGGAAUUUGGUGAGGUUUAGUUGGUAUUGCAGGAGAGGGGGUCUUGGAGUUUUAUGUGAGGAGAUCAGAGGAAGAUUAUAUGAUGAUUAGGAGAUUUGAUAGUUUGGGAAAGGUGGCUUACCAAAUGGGUGAUUUGGAAGUAAUGAAAGAGGGAGAUAUUGGAAUUGAGUUAUUAUUUAUUCCUAUUUUUGAAAAUGUUGGUAAAAUAAGAGCAAGAGUUUCAGGAAUAGAAAAACCAAAAGAUGCAAGGAUAUCCACUUGGGCAAUUGUUGGAAUUAUUCUUGGUGGAGCUUGUGGAAUUUGAAUAAUAGCAGCAGGCAUUAGAGUUAUUUACCAAUACUAUAAAGCAAAAGUUCAAAGAAUAAAUCAUAGAAAAGUUCAUUCUGAAGUUCAAGAUAUCCAGAGAAACAUUCAAAACCAAUCUCAUAACAUUGAAGACCAAAGUGUCUCUUUCGAACAAGUAGCAUGCUACAACAACUACUUAAUCUACAAAGAGGGUCAAAAUCCUUCCAAGCCUGACAAACCAACCAAAAAGCCUGCCUUUCAAUCUAGUCAUAUGGACUAUGACCAAAUGCACACCGGGAAUAUAAUUUCCCUGUCCACCUUCAAGCCAUCCAGGAGUCCAACCGAAGACCUACAAAUGCUGAGCCAGAUUGGGCUAAUCAGGCUAGACUAGAAGUAAAAAUAAAUCGUGUCAUUUCA